CUCUCGCAUCUUUGUCUCCGCCACGCAGAGCUCGUUAACCCCCAGCCCCGCCCGCAUGGCGAGCCCUCUUUCAGAAAAGACAAUUCUGCCUACUUUAAGGUAUGGCGAGGACAGGCUCGCCUCAGAAACGGCGUUCAGCUUCUUUUCGCUAAAAGUCGCACAUGGGUCUACUCUCUGCUAUCUAUUGCCAUAGCCAAACACCAUAGCCGAGCCGAGCUCAGCUCCAGCUCCAGCUCGUCCAGCAGACGACUGUAAAGCACCGAGAGCAAAUGCCGGAGUCAGAGAGCAGCGGUGACCCGAGCAAGCCCUCUCUCUCUCUCUCUCUCUAAAUCUUCAAAUCACUCACACGCCCUUUGCGGGAUCGGAUCGUUGCGGCUGCGGACAUUCACCGCUGUGUUCUAUGGCCUAGGAGAUGACGCUGUGAGUGACUCGAUGGCCGACGAAGAAACUUCUGAUUUCCCUUCGCCCGAUCGUCGGUUGGUUGGAUCUUCGUGCUUUCGGCGAGAUGGAUGAUUCAUUCUCGAAUGCAUGAGUGAGGGAGGGAGAGAGAAAGAGAGAGUGAUUGAGGGCGAUUACGUGGUUCGACACCGAGCAUGCAUCAUGGUGUAAUCAACCGACAGCCCACCUGAUUCAUCGCCUGUGCCUCGCUGUCUCGCAGACUCGAGCUCCACCUGCAUCCAUGGAUGGCAUCAUUGGCCGGCGUCAAUGUGGGUGUGCAUGGCUUUCCUUCCUUCCACUGCGUCAGGGCAUUCUUUGAUCUCUCUCCAUCCUCACACAGAAGAGUGUACACGAGAUGCCAGAACAUUCUCAUUGGACCCAGUUGUGUUUUGUGGAUUGUAGCGGAGGCGGGAGAGAAGCGAGAGAGGAGACUACAGUACUACUCACUACUCGAGGCUCGAUGGACAAAUGCACUACAGUGCUGCAAGAGGAUGAUCUUCGAACUUGUCUGCCUAUAACUGGUACCACCCAGCAAGAAGAUCCUGGUAGAACUUGAAAUAGCAAGACACUGGGAGCACUCCCGGUCACACUUCAGGCUGUGACAGAUGUAUCCUGCAGAGACAAGAGUGAGAUUGCAGAAAAGAUGGGCCGCAUGCUUCCCGAGAAUGUCCGAACAUGUUUUCAUGACUAGGUCCGUGUCAGAAUCAAACAUGAGAAACAUAUACAGACGAUCGCCCGAUCCACAAGACCAUUGUCACCGGCAACCAUCGAAGAACUCGGGGGAAGACCCCCCGAGUUCUUCGGUAGUUGCCGUGGGGUGCUAUGACAAUUAGAGCAAAGGUGUCCGGGCCGAGAACUUUUCUUUGGCGGUCCUGAGAGGCUGUUCAUUAGAAUGAAGAAAACUGCGUCAUCGUCCUCUGCGUUCGUCUAGAAGGGUUUUCGAGCUUCAGUGCCGCUUCUCCUAACCACGCUGUCGACCUGUAUAUUUCGUGUACAAGGUUGGCAGAUUUUACUACAGCCGAACAUAGAUUUUAGCCCAGAUUCCAAGCUGUGAGCUGUGAGCUUCCUUCCUUCCUUCCUCUGUACAAGGAGUUCCUUGACCAAACCCAUUGUCUUCUGAGAAGUCUGAAGUAUUAGGAGAUAAGCGGGACAGUGACAAGGUCCUUUUCAGCGGGAUGCACAUCCAAGACAUCUCACAGAGUGAAACGUAAGCGACUGUAGGCCACAAUAGCUCGUGAGGUGCGUUUUAUAUGAAACGGCUUCAGCGUCCAAACAAUUGCCCAAUAUGAAGGAACCGGAUUAUAACGGAGCUAGAACUUAAUUCUUGCUGAUUUCACUCACCUUCUCUGCCCAAUGACGAAGGAGUUCCGAGGGAAUAUCAUAUGGUAACAUGCACACAUGAGUCGCAACAAUCUACAAUUGACCACCAUACCACUGAUGUGUUGCUACAAAGGACCAGUACUAGGCUGAGCGUUAUGUUUGUCCUCAUACUGAAGGCUCGAAAAAGCUGGGUUCGCAUGAACCACUUAUUCGGUUUCUUAAGUAUUAGCAGCAUUCUUGCACAAAUAUCAACAUGAAAACAAAGA